GUAGCAGUUCUUGUACAACUCAAUUUUGUACCUCUAUAUUAAUCGCAAGUCGAUUUCAAAUCUUAAGAUUGAGUUCCAUCAGAAAUGGAAGUACAACCUGUAUUGUAGGCUUAAUACUGUGAAUGAUCAAGACCAGAUCCUGUUAUUGAGUUACAAUUUACACUAGCUAAAGGAUAGAAAUGGUUGUCAAUCCAAAGACAUGAAAGAGAAUUAGUUAUUUAGGUAGAGCAUUUAUUUUAUGUUGUGUAAUUCUUGCAACUUGCCUUAGCUUCUUAACAACCAAGUACCAUCUGCUAAAUUUAUACAACCUUUAUUAUGUAAGACGCACAUUACAUCUGUCAGUCCAGUUCCAGUAACAUAUGCACAGUGGAUUGUUACAUCAAUAAAUAAAAGGCAAGUAACUCUGCUCCAAACACGUCUAUAUACUGUAAUUUUAUCUCCUGAUAUUGAACACAUUGCUUUAAUUGUGUAUAACUAACAAGUAGCUCUUUUUUCUUGACAUGCUAUUCCAG